AUGGGUAAAAUUAGAGCAAGAACAGUUAAAGUUUGUGACUUUUGUAGGAAAAGGAAAGUAAAAUGUGAUUUAGGUAAUCCUUGUUCAACUUGUGUCAAGUAUAAAAAAUCUCCAUGUAUUUAUUCAGAUUUUCCAACAUCAUCAAUUACCACAAAUAGUAAUACUGAAAAACAGGAUAAUGAAUUUGUAUUUGAAAAUAAUGGUACUCAAAGAUCAAGAAUACCAAGUAAUUCAACUAUAAGUACUUUAAAUAGUAAUGGAAGUCGUGUUGGAUCUAUUUUUUCAAAUUCAUUAUCAAGAACAACAACUUUAUCAAAUGAAAAUGAAAUUGGUAAUAAUGAGGAGGUCAAUAAUGAUAAUGAUUAUGAUAUUCCAGAAGAAUAUGAACCAUCACAUCCAACAACAUCAUCUACAAUCCCACAACCAGUAUCAGAUGAAUUAUCAUUUUUAAAACAAAAAUUACAAGAUUUAGAAGAAAAAUUUCAAAUUCAAACUCAAAGUCAACAAAAUUCUUCAAAUACUUCACCAUUUAAUAAUUCAAAUACAAAUCAAAUUAGUCCUAAUUCAAAUAAUUAUUCAAAUAAAGAUAUAUUAAUUAAUAAAUUAGAUCCUCAAGAUUUAUUAGGUCAUAAUCCUUAUGAAUCAGAAAAUGAUUGGUUUAAUUUUUUUGAAGGUUAUAAUCCAACAAAUUCAAAAGAACAAUUUAGAAAAAAAAAUUAUGGACCAUUAAAUUGGGUAACUUUAUUAAAAAUUGAUUCAGCAAUAAAUUCUGUUUGGAGUGAAAUGGCAAAUUUAAAAAAACAAAUGAAAGAAAGAGGUUUUGUUCAUGGAUUUCAAAUUACUGAUCAAAGUGCUCAAGUUGAUAAAGAUUUUAGUGAAAAAGCUUAUGAUGAUGAAGGUAAUAAUGAUGUAAAACCUUUUACAGAAUUUGAUAAUAUAAAUAAACCAAUCAAAUCAAAAUUAAUAAUGAGUCAAUCUAAAUUAAAUGAAAAAGCAAUGUGUUUAGGAUUAUCAUUUUAUAAAGGUGGUUUAGAUACAGAAGUUGAAUUAGUUGAAAAAAUAAGAUUAGUAUUACCAAAACAAAAAGUUAUAUGGAUAUUAUUUAAAAGAUUUUUUAGUCAUUUAUAUGUUGCAAUGCCAGUUAUAGAUCAAAUGAUUUUAAAAUCUGAAUUAGAAAAAUUAAUAGGUAAAGAAAAUUAUCAAAAUAAUGAAGUUAAUGUUAAAAUUACCAAAAAAUUAGAUUUUGCAAAUUUAGGUAUAUUAUUAAUUAUAUUAAGAUUUAGUUAUAUAUCAUUAUUUUCACAAGAUUCAUCAAUAAAUGAAAUAAAUUUUCAAACUAAUGAUCCAUCAAAACAACAAAUUAAAUUUUUAUUAAAUAAUCCAAUAAAUUUAGAUGUUAUAAAUGUUGCAAAAUUAUGUUUAGAUCAAUUUAAUAUAAUGAGAGGUUCAAAUUUAACUUUAUUACAAUUAGCUUUAUUAUUUAGAUUAUAUAAUUAUUAUGCUCCAGAAGCAGGUGAUGGUAUAGAUGGAGGAGAUGCACAAAUAUUUAAUGCAACAUUAAUUCAAAUGGCAAUGUCAAUUGGUUUACAUAGAGAACCAGAUAAAUUUAAAAAUAAUGAUACUAGUGGUAAUGAUGAUAGAUUAGAUAAUUUAGGUAGAAAAAUUUGGUAUUAUUUAUUAAUUCAAGAUAUGAAUAAUUCAAUGGCUAAUGGAUCACCAUGUACAAUAAAUUUUAAUUCAUUUGAUACAAAACCUCCAUUUUAUAGACCAGGAAAUGAAAAUGUUUUAGAUAUUGAAAUUGAAAAAGUUGCAUGUGGAUGUUUCCCCAAUUUUGAUAAUACUUAUGAACCAAUGUCAGAAACUUUUAAUACAAUUUUUUCAAUAAAAAAUUCAAUAAAUAUGAUUGAAUUAACCAAGAGAUUAAAUCAUAUGGAAUUACAUUUUAAAGAAAAACAUAAUAAUUUAACUUUAAAAUAUGGUAAUUCAUUAAAUGAUGAAAAUUCAAAUUCAACAAAUAUUUUAAUGCCAUCUACAAUAAAACUUAAAAUAUAUUUUACUGGAAAUUUUUUUUUAGUACUGAUAUAUUUAUAUCUUUUUAAUUUUUAUGAAAAGAGGAAAAAUUUAAAAUUAUCAUUUUAUUAUUUAAAAAAAAUGAUUAGUAUAAUAAUAUAUGAUGUUAUGCCAUUUUUUGUUGAAUGUAUAAAUCAUAAAAAAAAUAUGUUUAAAAGUUCAAUUGAUUUAAUUGCUACACCAAGUUUUUUAACAGCUGCUCAUAAAUCAGUUAUAGUAUUAACAUCAUUUUAUUUAAGAAUUAAAUUUUGGAUUUGUAAUUUAGAAAAAAAAUAUAAUCAUAAUACAAAAUUAAGAUCAAAUGAUGAACAAGAUAAUCUGUAUAAAUUACAUUUUCAAAAAUUAAUAAAUUUAGAAAAUUUAAUUUUAAAAAGUAUUGAUAUUUUUAGAAAUGGUAUUGCAAAAUUAAGUUAUAGAUAUUAUUAUGCAUGGAGAAUAACAAAAGCUCAAAAUUUUUUAAGAACUUCUUUUAAUGAUGAAUUUUUUAAAAAUUAUCAACCUACUAAUGCUAGCUUUAAAGAUCAAAUUUUAAAUAAUGAAAUGUUGGAACAAUUAGAAUAUAUUUUUGAAAAAUCUAUUUUACAAGUUAAUAAAAUUAAAAAACAAUAUAAAUUAGAUAAAUUAAAUUUUGAACCAGAAAAUAAGAAUAAUAAUUUAAAUAAUUUGAAUUAUAAUAACAAUCAAAAUUUAAAUCAUAGAAAUUCAACAAGUUCUGGUAAUAGUUCAGAUAAUGAAUAUCAUAGACCAAAUGAUCAAAUAGAUAGUAUAUGGUUACAAAUGAUGAAUUUAAAAAAUGAUAAUAAUUUUAAUUUUAAUUUAAAUUCAAAUUUUAAUAAUACCAACUUGAGUAGUAACUUAAAAUAUAAUGAUCAAGUAAAUAAUACAAUGAAUUCAAUUAUAAAUCCAAUAACUCCUUCAAAUUUUAUAAAUAAUUUAUCUUAUAGUCCUCCAAGUUAUAAUUAUCAAACUCAACAACAACAAUCACCUUUGAAUCAAAAUCAAAAUCAACAACAACAAACACAACAAGAUCCUAAUCAAUCACAAUCUCAGGCUGGUCCUAAUGGUUUAAUUCCACAACAAUUUCAAGUAGAUUUUAAUAAUUAUUUUAAUGAUAAAGAUAUGUUUGAAAAUUUUCCACUUGAUGAAUUAUUAAAAGAUUUUUCAUAA